AUGCUCGAAGAAUCUUGCGUUGUCAGUAGGAAACAAUCGGCAUCGGAUCUACAAAGUCGACUGAAGACAAGGAAAUUGCUGGGAGUCGGAGAGUUGGCAAAGGACAAUGGCGAGAUUUAUCGAUCAAAGAUUUCUCAAUUACUCGGCAUCAACGAGAGUCUUUACGUGCGUUUCCCCAAAGGAUUACUCGUUUGGAAUUCGGCCAUUUCACUGUAUUUCUACAUUAUAGGAUUUUUGUGCUUGAUCGUACCGUCAAUUGGAUUCAAAUUGGACUACGGAGUCACAUUUAGUACCACAGAAUGUAACUUUUGCAUUCGACUUUAUGGAGCCGCUCUUCUCUCAUUCGGUCUCCUCUUUCGGUCGAUUCUCCUUCAACGGGAAAACCGAUCGGAAAUUGCCACACUUCUCCUAGCCGUCGGACUACUCAACUUUUUACAGCUACUUGUUUCCUCGAUUUCCGGAAGCAGCUCUUUCCACACAAGCAUUCGAACAGUGGCCGUCGUCGGGAAUUUCUCCUAUCACUAUUUUUUAGACGGGCAAGGCGGUAUUUUCCGAAAAAUUCUACGUUAUUGUGAAGAGUAUUCGAUUCUCUCGACUUCACCAACAACAAGAGAGCCGCCUGAUGAGGGAAAAGAUAAAAACGCU